AUGACGAUCUGUACUGAUAACGCCUGGACGCUUGCAUCAGAUGCGGCCAUUGGAGAUGAUGAUGAUGCAAGCCAGAAAAUUUACGUACGACGUCAUCGGACGGACCGAGACGAGGCGAACGCCGUGUAUGACACUGGAGAAGAACUGUUCUUAGGAACAUGCGACAGUAGAGGUGUUGGUGGAGUUGACGUCCUCGUCAACACGAGUAUGGCAAAGAACAUCGACUCUUUCGAACAACUUACGACCCGAAUCAGACGUCUGCGGAUGAGAAGAUGUGGUCCAACCCCAACUUUGACUAUCUUCGUCGCUUACGCUCCAACAUCAAACUACGAGGAAGAAGAAUUCUAA